CUGAGUUCACGGGAAAAGUCGGGGAAGUAGUUUUGGUAGAUUGCUGGACUUCCGGUCUUCUUGGUUUAUAUUAUAAUAUGUAGCAGUAUAGUUAAAGAGUGCAAUUGAAAAAGACCAAACACACUUUUGUGGGUUUUAAGUUAUUAAUGGAGCAAGAAAUCAGUAGCGUAACUGCUAAAGAAGAAGAGUUGGAAGAUGGGGAAAUAUGUGAUGAUGAUAGUAGUGCAAAGCCUCAGCAGCAGAAUCAAGCAGUGGAACAGAGGCAUCAGUAUGGGAAGCGGAGGCCGGCAUGCUCGGGAUCAUUCUCCAGCUCUUCUCGCUCGACUCAUUCAUCCAGCAAUGGACGGAGUUCUAGUUAUCGUCCGAGAGAUCAGUACCGAGUUUCUUCCGCUGCUGGUAGACUGCAGCCCGGAGGCCUGUCUGGGUCGGGUUCUGCACAACUUUCUGAGCCAUGUCUCCGUCCUUCUUUUUGGGAGCGUAGUCACAGCGCUUUGGAAAGGUUUGGUCACUACCGAGGCACGUCCAGCCGUGGCUCAUGGAUGCCGGCGACAGUUAGUCGCGGGGAAGCGAUGUUUAGUGGGACCAUGAAUCGGAGAGAGUCUUCACUCCGACAGCGUAUCCUUUACGAUAACAUAAAAGAGAGAGAGCGAGAAGGAAUCACAGAGCAGCUUAUAAGGAAUGCGUGUAUCUUCAAAAGUGAUUCACAGAGGAUUGUGUACCAGUAUGAAGUACAGAAGCAGGAAUCUGGCAGCAGUAAAUCAUCAAGUAGUCCUCCAAGAAAGGAUAUUGCUUGUACUGAGGAGGAAGAGGAGCUGUCAGAGCUGCACCUUCGACUUCUAGCUCUUCAGUCUGCUAGCAAGAAAUGGCAUCAGAAGGAACAACAAGUGAUGAAGGAGACCAAAGAAAAACUUUUCAAGCCACAGUCAUCCCCAGAUGUGAUGCAAGACCUCUUCAAACCAUAUUCAGGGAAAAAAGUCAUUAGUGCAGCCAAACAAGCACGGAGAAGACAGCAAACAAAAGCAUGGAAAAAGUUGCAGCAACAAAAGGAAAUGGAACGGCUGAAGAAGGAAGAGGAAGAAAAGAAGCAACGAGAGGAAGAAGAGCGGAAAAAGAGGGAAGAGGAGAUCAGAAAAAUCAGAGAUCUGUCAAACCAAGAAGAACAGUACAAUAGAUUUAUGAAACUUGUUGGAGGAAAGAGACCUCGAAACAGAUGUUCAGAUGGUGAUGUGCGAAGAUUGUCUGAAAAACAAACUUUUGAUACGUCUGGAAGUCUCUACCAGUAUGAUAAUUAUGAUGAAGUCGCAAUGGACACGGACAGUGAGAAUAAUUCUCCAGGGUCUUCACCAGCUCAUCCUGCUUUACCCUCUGAGUGUCAGAUGGAAUGUUUUGUUCCCAUGUCCCAAAUGCCUUUAGUGCCACAUUGUUUAAAUAUGCAACCUUACGUGGAAAGUAGUGUUAGUAUACCUGCAGAACCUCCACCUCCACCUCCACCUCUUCCACCUGAUGAGCCAGAGCAGCCACCAAAACCUCCUUUUGCUGAUGAAGAGGAAGAAGAAGAAAUGCUGCUGAGGGAAGAGCUGCUGAAGUCUUUGGCUACUAAGCGUUUUAAAUCUGAGGAGACUUCUACCAUUUGUGCAGCUUCUUCUCCCAAUCUCAACACUGGACCCCAGUCUGUACCAAGAAGUAAUUUAUCCGCAGUCAGUGUUAAUACUGUUCUUUCACCUCCUCUCCAGAGUACUGAAAUCAUUAAAGGUUCUCGGAUGUCCCGGCCAAUCAUCAGUUUGCCAAAGCAUAAAAAGGUGGUUGUGAGGCUCAAUGAUUCUGAUGAUACUGAAUCUGAAGAAGAGCCAUCAGCGUCUUCUACAAGAGUGUUUGGAGGCUUAGAGUCCAUGAUUAAAGAAGCAAGAAGAACUGUAGAGGCCUCUAAACCCAAGGCAGCAUCCCAGUCAGAGAAGGAGAAUGAUCCCAUGAGAACACCGGAGGCAUUACCAGAAGAUAAAAAGUUAGAAUACAGACUGUUAAAGGGAGAAAUUGCAAGUAGAGAGAGACAUCGUUUGAUAAAAUUGGACCAGUCAAGAAGUAGCCCAUCUCCUGCUAACUCUGAUGCUGAAGUUGAUUGUGUGGGUAAAAGAUCAUUGGUUAAUAGACAUGUUUCUGAAACGGAGUCAAAACUGAAAAAACAUGAAAUACUUACUGCAAAAGAUGAAGCUCUGCUGAAACAUCUGAUUCUUCAAGAGGCAAAGAGAAAAGAAUCUGUCAGACAAGCUGAAUGUAAAUAUUCCCGACUAAGGGAGCAGUUACUGGCAGCUGAGAAGAUACUGAAUGUUAAUAAGAUGUUUCUAAAACGACUUCAAGAACAGAUCCAUCGCGUUCAACACAGAUUGUCAUUAAAGAAAAAUGUUGCCAUAAAAUAUAUAGAAGAGCUCGCUCGUGCAAGGGCUUUGGCUAGCCAAGAAUUGGGGAAACGAAAACUUGAACAAGAUGAUCGACCAAACAAAAAUAUGAAAAUUGAAGCUUUGUUUGGUGCAAGUCCAAAGAAGCAUUCUGCAGAGUUAAUUGCCCUGGAGAAAAAGCGGCUACAGCAGCUGGAACUUGAAUAUGCUCUGAAAAUACAGAAACUAAAAGAAGCUCAGAGUCUUCGGAGCAGAGAACAAAAAGUGAGCAAUACACAUGUAUUAAAUGAUGAGGACGUGCCUGAAUAUGCAUUACCACAGCCGUCGCUGCAUGACCUUACACAGGAUAAAUUAGUAAUUGAUACUGAAGAAAAUGAAGUUGAUGAUGACAUACAAUCAGAUUUAUCAAGAGAACGAAGGAGAUCUUUCAAAGAGGCAACACCAUUUACAAAACCAAACCUUAGGCACUCUGAUGCAGCAUCUUACAAAGAUGGUGUAAGUAAACUGGCUAAAAAAAACGUUGAAGAAUCUGAGCUGUUCCUUGGGUUAAAUAUAGACGAACUUAAAAAACUCUAUGGAGAAGCUGAAAGUCUGAAAGAGCUAUUUCAGAAAAGUACUAUGAUGGCCUCUGAGGAGAAUCUUGUCGGUUGUCAGGAUUGUUCUCUAGAUCUGGAUGCAGUAGGAAUGCAAGUAAAACCGGCUGAAUUAAAACCACUACCGUUUGCUCCUUACCACAGUCCUUUAUUAGCUUUCAAAUCAUACAGAUUCAGUCCAUACUUUCGAACCAAGGAGAAGCUUUGUCUCAGUUCUGUUUCGUACAGUAAUAUGAUAGAGCCAAAAAGGUGCUUCUGUCGAUUUGACCUAACAGGCACAUGCAACGAUGAUGAUUGCCAGUGGCAGCACAUGAGAGAAUGCACUUUGAGUAGAAAACAACUGUUUCAGGAUAUUGUCUCUUACAACCUUUCCCUGAUUGGCUGUUCGGAAUCUAGCACCGAUGAGAACAUCAGCAGUGCAGUAGAAAAAUAUGUGGAAAAACUUUUCGGUGCACAGAAGGAUCGAAUGUCAAUGGACCAAAUGGCUGUACUGCUUGUUAGCAAAUUAAAUGAAAGUAAAGGGCAAACACCUCCUUUUACAACUUGUAAGGAUAAAAGAGUACGAAGACCUUGUUACUGGAGGAAACCAGUAGACAGCAGAAAAGUAUUUAUUCCAAAACCAGUUUCAGGUAUACAACCAUUUGAACAUGUGGUUGAGAAGGAAAUAUAUUCCUUAUAUGAGAAUUCUAGUAAUAAAAGAGCAUUCUAUAACUUCACUAAAGAAUAUGCAGCAGUUAAUGCCCUUAUAAAGAAUAAUGAGAGAGCAAUAAAGCCAGCAGACAAAGGGAGAGGAGUUGUCAUCCUGGAUACAAACUAUUAUACUCUCUGUGUAUCAAAUGCUCAGUACAGAACUUGGAAAAUGUGUAACUUUAUUCUUAAUGAAGGUUUUACUCUUAAGGGGUUUAUCUUUUAUACCAACAGAUCCAGUGCAGAAUGUUUGGACUCUGCUUUAAAUGUUCUAGCGCGAGCACUUGAAAGUAAUAAGGAGAAUGCUGAACUAUGGUGUCACUAUCUUGUGCUUUUCUCCAAGAGAGGUAAAAAAGAAGAAUUGCAGGAAAUGUGUGAGACAGCAGUGGAAUAUGCUCCUUCUUACCAGACAUGGUGGACAUUCUUAAAUUUGGAAACAUCCUUUGAUGGUAAAGACUACAUAUGUGACAGGAUGCUUCAACAGUUACUUAAAGAUGCAGCAGAGGGCAACAAAAAGUUAGAGUUGGUGUCCUUUCAAAUUUUGGAGACCUUGAUUUUCAGGGUACAGUUGAGCCUUUUUUCAGGAAGACAUCAGAAUGCCCUUGCAUUGUUGCAGAAUGCUUUGAAGACAAAUGAUGGAAAAAGAAGCACUGCAGAAUACCUCACAAAAAGUGAUUGCUGCUUGGCUUGGUUAUGUUACAUUCAUCUGAUUGAAUUCCAGAGUUUGCCGGGCAAAUGUUUUGAUCCGAUUAAUAGCAACCCUUCUAGGAUUGUAAGCAAAGAGCCGUUUAUAAUUCCUUGGCAAGUUCCUGAAGAUGUGAAAACAGACCCUGACAUACUGCUAGCACUUUUUGAAGAUGCUGUACGGGCUAGUACUGAUGACAGCCUCCCCAAAGAACAAAACAUUGCCAUCUGUCUGCCACUUUACAGAAAUAUGGUGUCUUUGAUGAAGAAGGUGGGAAGAUGGGAGGCAGCUAAAAACCUUUGUCAAAAGCUGCUUGAAUUGUGUCCUACUUCUUGCGACAUUCUUGAAGUCUUAUCUGAUCUAUACUUAAGUCAAGAACGAGCAGAAAAUGCAUUGGAUGUUUUGCUGAAUGCAUUUCAAAAGGAACCUCACAACGCAGAGCUCUUUUGUCUGAUAUACAGAUAUCUAAUUUCACAGGAGCGAUGUGAUGAGCUGCUUCCUCUGUUGCAAACGUUUGUGUCCUCAUUCUUCACAUCUGUAGAUUCCAGUCAUAAUCCUGUGAAUUUGCUAAGAGAUCUUCUUAAUUCUCCUCUUCCUGAUGACUUAUUGGCUUCUUCACGAAAAGGAAAUAUAUGUAAUGAACUUGUGAACCUUCAUUUCCCAUACUUGUGGCUUCUCUACUGUCUGUGGCAGUCCACUCAUGCUAAUGUGGGAGAAGCAGUGGAUACCUUUGAGGCUGCACUUGGAGCAGUAAUGAAUCAGACUGUACUGCAGAAGAUUUGGAUGGAGUACCUUGUUUUUACUAGUAAGAAGCUUGCUAUUUCAAAAAAUAAAGUCAAAGACCUAAAGCACUUUGCUGAUCUGGUGAACAGAUGUCUCAUAACUGUCCCAACACGAUAUCCUAUUCCUUUUAGCUCUGCUGAUUAUUGGACCAACUAUGAAUUUCAUAAUCAGGUAAUUUCAUUGUUUCUAAGCUGCUUGACAUCAUCUCAACAUUCCAAAGCCUUGGAAAGGUUUCGUUCAGUUAUGCCUGCAAACUCUGGAUUGGCAGUAAGGCUGCUUUACCAGGAAUUUCAGGAGGGUAACAUCCAGCAUUUGAAACUGCAAGCCCUGAUGUAUACCCACAGCCUACCAACUUGUUUGACCAUCUGGAAAAUAGCUAUUGCUGUCGAAAGUGAAUUACAAGGACAGCGAGAGGUUCGUCGCUUGUAUCACAGAGCGCUUCAGAAACUACCUCUUUGUGCAGCAUUGUGGAAAGAUCAACUCUUGUUUGAAGCUUCUGAAGGAGGUAAAACUGAUAACCUGAGAAAACUAGUUUCCAAGUGCCAAGAGGUUGGAGUCAGCCUAGAUGAGCUUUUAAAUUUAAACAUUUUCAGAACAGAGGGCAAGAAUCAUUGAACACGGGGUACAUGCGGUUCUUAAUCUAAUAAAAAUUGACAGAAAAUACACACAUGAAUGGUUCCUCUAAUGUUAGGCUGAUUCCCUGAGUUGUGGCCUGCAUCAGUGUUCUCCAUUGUUCUCAAGAAGUCUCCAUGUUAUGCUCUUCAGACCUGGAAAAUCUUGACUAACUCAUCACUUUUUGUGGAUAUAUGAACUCCUGCUUGGCCUGCCAGUGGGCCUGUCUGAUUCUCAAACUUCAUGUACGUAAGUAUAGUUCUUAAGAUAAGGCUGAUUUAUUUUUAUUUAUUAUUUUUUGUGUGUUGUGUUGUCUUUUAUUUCCCUGAUACGCAAGGUGGUGCCUGUGGCAUCUUUUAUAUAUGUGGUUCUUGUGUUUACAUUACAAAUACUUGCCUCAUUUUGUUCUCCUUUGUUUUCUUUUUUCAACCUUUGAGAUUCUUUAUUGCAGGAUUUAGAAAGCUAUGCAUCUUAAAGGUGUUACUGCCAUUUUAACCAGUCUUUUUCUGGCGCCACAUGAAGGUUGCAAGUAGGGCUAUGAACUGCCCUUUUCUGCCUUGGGAUGCCUGUCCAGAAACUUUUAAUCAAAAAAAAAAAAAAAAAAAAAAAAUCUU